GGUACGGGCUUUUCUCAAAUGCUAGGCUAAAGGGAUUACAUGUCCGUGAGUCCAACAAUAUAUCAAAUACGCUUGUUGGGGCAUAUGGCAUGGCCCAUUCAAAGAAGAUUGACUUCUUAUUAUCGACUUUGUUUGUUUAGCAUUCUUAAAAUUCAGAAGUACCAACGAAAAUCUCUUCCCUCCCCGAUCGGCGUUCCCCCCUACAGCGCCGGCACUGGAAAACGGAGCUCUGAGAUCUUGAAUUUGCUGCCGUUCGCCAUGUCUCAGGUUGAUAAUCGGAAUUCCACUGCCACCAAACGUGCCCGAACUGACAGUGGUAGAAGAGAAGAUGAUUGGACAUGUCCUAGGUGUGGGAAUGUAAACUUUUCCUUUAGAACAACUUGCAAUAUGCGGAAUUGCACACAACCCAGACCUGCCGAUCACAACACUAAACCUUUAGCUAAGCCAUUUCAUGCACCACAAGGCUAUACAACCCUUGCUCCUUAUGCUGGUUCUGGUGCUCCAUCUCCAUUGUACUUGGGCGUACCACCACAUGGUUCCUCUGUGUUUACCACAGCGUCUAUUCCUCAUUAUGAUAUUCCAUACUCUGGGGGCUCAGCUUAUCACUACAACUAUGGCAGCCGUAUAUCUGGAGGCAGUCCCUAUCAACCACUGCAUAUAUCUGCACCUCCUCCUUACUCCAGUGGAGCUAUAGUGGGAAAUGGUGGGGUGUAUGGUGUGCGACCUCCUCUGGUUGACAGAUAUGGCCUUGCGUUACCAAUGGGCUCCCCUACCAUUGGAUCAAGGCCGGGAUAUUAUGAAGAGGAUAAUCCUCAGAAGAGAGAAGGAAGAAGUGAUAAUGACUGGAAGUGUCCUAAUUGUGGAAAUGUCAAUUUUUCAUUCAGAACAGUUUGUAAUAUGAGGAAAUGCAAUACCCCGAAGCCUGGGUCCCAGCCCCAGGGUGGAAAAUCUGCAAGAAAUUCUGGCACGCCAGAUGGGAGCUGGAAAUGUGAGAAAUGCAACAACAUAAACUAUCCAUUUAGGACCAAAUGUAACAGACAAAACUGUGGAGCUGAAAAGCCAUCUGAGCCAAGGAACUCUUCAUCACCACUGUCAGAUGAAAACAAUCAGUGAGUACUAGGGCGUUGUCUUAAGGGUCGCGACGGUCAAAAGUUGUCAUCCAGCAUGCAGUGUGGGUGUCUGAAAGUCAGGUCGUUCUCAGUUGCGUUUGUCUUCUCGUUGCUGCAGUUCGUGUUGAGUUAAACUGCCCUUAUUAUGUUGUCCAUCUGUAUUAACUUAUAUUCAUAUACUUUGUCGUCUUUGAAUUUUUAUCUUGUGUUGUCUACAAGUGUGCUCAUAUUUUAUUAAACCUUGUCAAAGGUUGAUUUGGUUAUAUCCUCAAAUAGAGUUUGAUUUGGUACUCAUUUGGUUGACGUGUAAGCUAACCACCCAGUUAUUGUCAGUUAUUCAUUCCCAACUCCCUUUGCCGGAGAGGUGAUUGUGUGGUUAUGCAUUCCAUCACCCCUUCCACAUGUGCUCUUCACGGGCAAAAUUGCCGUUUUUUAAUCAAAAAACAGGGCUAGCACCCCACACUUGAGAGUUCCCAUGUUGAAGAUCAAUGUGCUACGCCAAGCCUUCUUCUCCGGACUACUUGGAAUAAGGGUUGAGUACCAGCAUGUGGCCUGGCUUCUCAUAUGAC